AUGGACGACGACCGUAUGGACGACGCGCCCGCCGAGUCCAAGGUACCUGAUCGCGCCCCCGAUCGCCUGGCCGCGCUCAUUUGGGAUAGGUUCCCAUUUUUCAUGGCCGUGCCCUCGGACGACGAUGAUCUGGACGCCACGGCCAGAAAGGUGCGUACGCUGGCCGACGCAGUCGCCAAUGGCUGCGAGAUCACGCUAUCGCCAGCCCAAGACACGCUCCCGGGUAGACGAGACGUAGAGGACUUUGCCAAGGAACGCAUGCUGGCAGUCGAGCGGGAGCAUUACGAACUGUGGAAGAAGGGCGCCAUCCAACUGCCGCCAUUCGACUGGGAUGCCAAUAAAUUGCAACUGCACAAGAACCAGAAACCCGAGAACUUCUAUGGUCGCAUGGCGGCCAUGGACAUCAUCUGGAACCACCAAGGCACGACGCCGGAGAACGUGAUCUGGCUCUCGAAUAAUAUCCGGUCGAUGCUGCCGCUGGUCAAGGCCGUCGAGAAGAUGCUGGGCGCACAUGCGCAUCUGGAGCAGUGUGACCCACUGGCGAAAUUCAGCGAUCAGGAAGUUGCCGAGAUCCAGAGUCUGCAGUUCAUUUCGGCGGUCGUAGAUGCGAACGUGGCACGAGAGAAGGCGCGCUUCCAGCAGCUGGUGGCCUCGAUCAAUGCGUCGCAGGAGAAGUUGAAGGCGCGGCUGAAGUGGUUUGACAAAUAG